UAGGUAUUGGGGGAAGGGGAGGGAUCAACCGAAAAGGAAUGAAAGUGGUUUAAAGCUUAAAUUUCAGUGUUUGCUGUUCAUAUAGAGUUCCACUCAUGAGUUACUAGUACAUUUACAGGCAGUAAAGCUUCUCCAGUCUAAAAAUGUCUGAAAACUAAAUUUGGAUUAACUCUUGAUACAAACAGUAAAUUGAAAAUGCAGCUUGUGACCUUUUAAAUUUUUAUUCUCAAAACACUUUUUUUUUUGCCAUCCACAUUUUUAAUAAUUGUAUUAUUUAUAUUUAAAGCUGAAAGGGCUCAACUAGCAUUUGCUGUUAAUGACCAGUAUGUGGAGUCUGCUUUAUAUUCCCAGAAUUGACUUUUUGGGUUGUAUUGUCCAGUCACAGUCCUAAGGGAUGAAUGUUGAAUGAUGCACUAUGUUUUUGUUUAAGUGAAAUUUCCUGAAAAUAAUUAAUUGCAGAAUUAAGGGAAAUUGAUGUUACUACCAUGACACAUCAUUAAAACACAUAUUUUUAAAGCUGAAGGCAUUUCAAGGAGAUGUAGUUCUUGAUGAAGCAGAAAGGACAUGGGCCUGGGAUUUGGAAGACCUGGCUUCUAGCUGCUACUAACUCUAUGACUCUGGGAAAGUGGGCCUCAAGUUCUUUUUUUCUAUAACAUGAAGAGAUUGGACUAUUUGAAAUCAGAUUCAGAACUCAGAAAUUGGAAGGGAUCAUAAAACCCUCUAAGAAAAGAGUUUGGGAAUGUUCUCCAUUGCUGUCACUUUUCCUCCAAAAAUAACCUGGCUUGAAAGUCAUUGUUCCAAAGGGAAUUUGAUUCCCCAUAGAAAUUGGAGACAAGGUAAUGCAAUUAGAGAGGAACAGCUGUAUUUCUGCUUGAGUAACAAACCCACUAACAGAUUCUGGUACGAAUUUUGGAGACAUAAAGAGAAUGAGUGUAUGUACCUUAAGUGUACCAGUUUCCUCACUCUCUCCUGGCAGACGAUGCAGCACUUUUAGUGGUGCUGGGAUUCUGGGAUGUGUUCCUAUUAAUUCGAAUACAGAUGAAGAAGAUGUGGUAGAGGGAAAGAUGGUGGCAGAAGGAAUGGAUAAAGAGGCAAAAUUGCCUGCUAAAAAGAAAAGAAAGAAGGGUUUACGGAUUAAGGGGAAAAGGCGAAGAAAAAAACUGAUCCUUGCGAAAAAGUUUAAGGAUUUGGGAUCUGGGAGGCCUGUUGCAGAUGCCCCUGCUUUAUUAGCUUCCAGUGCCCAUGAGCAGGAUGAAGAAAGUCUUUUUGAGAGCAAUAUAGAAAAACAGAUCUAUCUACCUAGUACCAGAGCCAAGACCUCCAUUGUAUGGCACUUCUUUCAUGUUGACCCCCAGUAUACCUGGCGAGCUAUUUGUAACCUCUGUGAAAAAAGUGUUAGCAGGGGCAAACCAGGCAGCCAUCUGGGGACAUCUACUCUACAACGACAUCUGCAGGCAAGGCAUUCACCUCACUGGACCAGGGCCAACAAAUAUGGAGUCACUAGUGGGGAGGAGGAUUUUACUUUGGAUGUGCCUUUAUCUCCCUCUUCUGCUGGAAGCAAUGGAAGCUUUGAAUAUAUGUCUACUGAUCCAUUAGAUGAAAACAGAAUGGGUAAGAAACGUGAUAAAUCAGUAUCUGAUGCCCUGAGGGCAGAAAGAGGGAGAUUUCUCAUCAAAAGUAAUAUUGUCAAGCAUGCCUUAAUUCCUGGAACAAGAGCCAAGACAUCUGCAGUUUGGAAUUUUUUUUAUACCGAUCCUCAGCACAUCUCAAGAGCUGUGUGUAAUAUAUGUAAAAGAAGUGUGAGCCGGGGUAGGCCAGGUUCUCACUUAGGAACUUCAACUCUUCAACGACACCUGCAGGCCACACAUCCCAUCCAUUGGGCUGUUGCCAACAAAGACAGUGGUGCGGUUGGAAAUGGAUUAGAUGAGGCUGACACUGAGAGAAAUGAUCUCUUAAGCGAUCCUCUGCAUGGAGAGAAGUCUACAGGCAGCCAUGAUUUAACAGCUGAGGACCUUAGUGACUCUGAUUCAGAUGAACCUCCUGUGUUAGAGGUUGAAAAUAGUAGAAGAUCUGAGAGUCCUAUUCCUGUAGCAGAGCAAGACACGCUGACACACGCACAGGAGAGAGAAACAACGUAUUCUGAAAAUUCAGUCUCAAGUCAAAUAAGUCAGGCAAUUAUUCAAAUGAUUGUGGAGGAUAUGCAUCCUUACAACUACUUCUCAACUCCAGCCUUUCAGAGGUUCAUGCAGAUUGUGGCCCCUGACUAUAGGUUACCAUCUGAAACUUACUUUUUCACAAAAGCCGUACCUCAAUUAUAUGAUUGGGUCAGAGAAAAAAUUUUCUUAACUUUGGAGAAUGUUCAAAGCCAAAAGAUCCACCUGACUGUGGACAUAUGGACCCAUGACCCAUCCACUGACUAUUUCAUUGUGACUGUACACUGGGUCUCUUUGGAAACUGCACCUUCUUCCAGUAAUGGCAGGAUCCCCAAUUUCAGAAAGUGGGCAGUACUUUGUGUAACAGGGUUGGCCAAAGACUGCUUGAUAACCAACAUUUUACAAGAAUUAAAUGACCAGAUUGGUCUGUGGCUUUCUCCUAAUUUCCUUAUUCCUAGCUUCAUUGUUUCUGAUAAUUCCUCUAAUGUGGUACAUGCAAUCAAAGAUGGCGGUUUUACCCAUGUGCCGUGCUUCCUGCAUUGUUUAAAUAUAGUCAUUCAGGACUUUUUUUGUGAGCACAAAAGCAUUGAGAAUAUGUUAGUAGCUGCUAGGAAAACCUGUCAUCAUUUUAGUCAUUCAGUCAAGGCCCGUCAGAUUCUGCAGGAGUUCCAAAAUGAUCACCAACUUCCAUGGAAGAAUUUGAAGCAGGAUGAAACUGGCCAUUGGAUUUCUACCUUUUAUAUGUUAAAAUGGCUCUUGGAGCAUUGCUACUCAGUUCACCAUAGUCUUGGUAGAGCUAGUGGAGUUGUGCUCACCUCCCUUCAGUGGACUCUAAUGACUUACGUUUGUGAUAUUCUGAAACCAUUUGAGGAGGCCACCCAGAAAGUGAGUGUCAAGACCACAGGAUUGAAUCAGGUGCUCCCCCUAAUCCAUCAUCUGCUCCUUUCUCUGCAGAAACUCAGAGAAGAUUUUCAAAUAAGAGGUAUUACUCAGGCACUCAAUCUGGUGGACAGUUUAUCUCUGAAACUUGAAACUGAUACCCUACUGAGUGCCAUGCUUAAAUCUAAGCCCUGUAUCUUGGCUGCUUUGUUAGAUCCUUGCUUUAAAAACAGUUUGGAAGACUUUUUCCCUCAAGGUGCUGAUUUAGAAACUUAUAAGCAGAUCCUUGCAGAAGAAGUUUGCAAUUAUAUGGAAUCUUCAGAGGUCUGCCAUAUUGCAACUUCAGAUGCUUCUGGUCCCUCAGCCAUCGUAGGAGCUGAUUCGUUUACCUCAUCUAUAAGAGAAGGCACCUCCAGUUCAGGGUCUUUUGAUAGCUCAGCUGUAGAUAAUGUUGCCAUUGGAAGCAAAAGCUUCAUGUUUCCUUCUGCCAUAGCAGUAGUUGAUGAGUACUUCAAAGAGAAGUAUUCAGAGAUCUCAGGAGGUGACCCUUUGAUUUACUGGCAGAGGAAGGUGAGCAUAUGGCCAGCUUUGACCCAAGUUGCCAUUCAGUAUCUAAGCUGCCCCAUGUGUAGUUGGCAGUCUGAAUGUAUCUUUACUGCAAAUAGCCAGUUUCACCCAAAACAGAUCAUGAGCCUGGACUUUGACAAUAUAGAACAGCUGAUGUUUUUGAAAAUGAACUUGAAAAAUGUUAACUAUGAUUAUUCUACAUUGGUUCUGAGCUGGGAUCCUGGGAAUGAAGUUAUUCAAAGCAAUGAAAAAGAAAUACUACCUUAAUUUCUUUUUCCUUUUUCCAUUUGAAAUGGGCAACUUGUUGCUAUGUUACUGUAUCCUAAUUGCUAUAGUUGUUAUAUAUAGUUAUACUAAUUAUUCUUUAUACACAAAUCUGGGGAAACCUGAAAACACAAAACGUGCUGAAAAUUCCUCAGAGGAUUAAUAAUAAUGCUGACAAAGUGAAGAUUAAAAAUUUCACAGUAGUAACUCAGUGUAGCUGUCUCUUGAAAUUUUGUUUAUACCAAUUAAGAGAGAAAAGAUAUUUUUUAACUUAAAAAAUAUAGUGCAGCAUUGAAAGGCUUUAGGCUAUUUCUGGCUGGUAGAUUGAACUUGUAAUUUGGUUUUAAGUAAAAGUUUCUACCAUCAAGUUUGAUUGCUCUGAAACCAGUGAAAUUGAGGGAAAAACGCAUACUAAGCUGGUAUUCCUCCCCCUCUCUCCCAUUUUUCUAGUUUUUUAAAAACCCUGAUCCAUACUUACAGCUUGGCAAAAACAAAACUCAUGAAAUUUAGAAAUUUCUAAUUGCCUCCUCAUACUGGUCAGCUUUAUCAUUUCAACUUACUGAGUGUGAUAGAGUUACCCUUUAUAUUUAGGAUUGGAUCUAUGUAAAA